AUGACGGAGUACAAGAAGCUUGUAAGUCUUGUGGACACGUUGAAAGAGAAUGUAGAGGUGCUCUAUGCCCAGCACGACGCCAGCAACGAUGCAAACGAAGAAGCAGGCUCUCCUUCGACGGACGCCUUGUUUAGCGUGGCCAGUGCAGUUGGCGCAGCUGUCGGUAAUGGCGCUCCGCGCAUCGCGAAGAUUGUUGCGAGGGCUCGUGAGACCGAUCCUAAUCGGCAGAUUUACAGUGAGAUGAUGUGUGGAAAAAUCGAAGACUUGUUCGACAGCUUUGUUGCCGCAGUUUACCGGCUACUGUACGAGUCCCCGCUGGAAAGAAGGGCACAAACAAAUGUGAAGGACGAUGAGAACCAGGGGGACGAGCUUGCAGAUGAACGAGAGGAGGCCGUUAGGGCAGCCGUGCUUGAGGGAAGAAGCCUUCUUCUUGAGGAUUCAGCUGUGCUGGCAGACAUUGAGAGGAAGCACGACGCGGAGCUGCUGCGUCGGGCGGCGGCGGAGGCGUGGGCUGGCCGUGUAGCGGAGGAUCUCUCUCAACUUAUUCUCUUUGAGCAUCAGAGCCGCCAGGUCCUCGAGGCCGAGGAAAAGCAAAACCGCACAUCUCUCGUCGAGAAGAAGCAAAGAGACAAGGGGAUGGUGCUUGGAAUCCUACAGCUGUUGGCCGACGCAAAGCUAGGCGUGGAAAUGACCCGGCGCGCCAAGGAAAAAGCCUGGCUGGCCGAAGCCGCCAAACACGUCAAGGUGGAUGGCCUCGUCGGCUUCUUGCCUCGUGCAUUCCCCACCCUGCGGUGCGCGGUCGCUUUACUGAACACAUCCGAACGCUGUGCUCGGCGCUGUUGCUGA